AUGGGCUAUCUCAAGGGUCCGCUAACAUCUCCAAGAGGAAGAUGGUUUACCUUGUUUUUCAAGAUAGUAAUUGUGUUGGAGAUGGUCAUGUUUGCUAUAGCGAACUCUGAUGCUGAUCCAAUGGGAGAACCUGCGGCGGGUUUACUUUGCAUAAGUGAUUGUGUUACAUGUCCAGUCAUAUGUUCACCACCUCCUCCACCACUCCUCUACUAUCCAUCACCACCAUCCCGCCACUCUCCAUCUCCUCAACAUUCCUACCACUCCCCACCACCGCAGCCGCCGCCACCUACAUCACCCCCAUCACCACCAGCUUAUCAUUCACCACCGCGGUCGCCACAAGCACCGUCAUGGUAUCCUAUAUGGGGCACUCCUCCACCCCCUGUUUAUCAUUUCAACACUCCUAACGGCCAAGCACCCCCAGGGAAGGGACUGUACCCCUAUCCUUACUACUACUACUAUUCGUCAAAGGCCUCUUCUUUUUCUCUCCAUGCUUCCCAUUUCUUUUUAUUUGGAGUCAUCCAUGCUGUCUACUUCCUGUUCUAG